AAGAGAAGUCUCUUAUAAAUGAACUUUGUUCUAGAUCUCAGUUCUCAGCGAGAUAUAUAUAGUGAGUCUGUCUAAACACUUAGGAAGUUGGAUCUAAUGGUAAGUUCUUGUUUAGCCAUUUCCGCAGAGAGGCGUCAAGUCGAGGCUGGAAGAUAAGAGUAGAAAGCAGGAAAACGAAAAUUUCUGAAAUGAGUAUUGAGGAGGCAUAUAAUUGUCUAUGUGAUCAUUCGAAAACGCUUCCAAGGUUUCCCUCCGACAAAGUUCUCAAGAUAUUGGCUGGAAUAUAACACUGACUCUCCUCUCAGUACCCUGCCCGUGGGGUAUGAAUUUCGCAUACCGCAUGCCACACUUUCUUUCGCCGCUAGCAUCUCCAUAUCGAAGACUCUGGGCCUCAUAAAGCUACACAAGUAGAUUUUGAGAAAAUACCGUGGAGUUUGCCAAUGAAGUUUAUUCCUUUUGUGAAUGGAUUGGCACCCGGUUAAAUCAAUAGCCGAUGGCCCUUGCCCAAGACAUCAAGGUCUUCCAAUCAGAACAUGCGCCACAUUCAAUUAUUUCCCUCCACCCUUAUGAUUCGGUAUAUCAACACCAACUUCAAAUAUUUUUUUGGAUUUUGGUGCUAUCACUAGGCAAUUUUCCUCUCUUCUGUGAAGAUCUUCUGUGAAGAGCAUUGCUUCAUUUCAUUUCCGAUCUGGAUAUCUCAAACCAUUUCCUAUUUUACCACCCACUUUUGCUGAAUGCAAAGGAUAUCUUCCCUUCCACGACGCAAAAUGUUACACCAUUUAAUGGUUGGGACAUGGACUCCUCCUGGGGCCAUUUUUACCUUCCAGUUUGACGACGAAGCCCUGGCCUUGAAAAUGAUCAAGCGGACACCAAUUCCUGAAGAUGAGCCCAUCUCAUGGAUGACUUUUAAUGUAAGUGGUAAAUUUUCAACAAUCAGCUAUAAUUCUCUAACAGUCCAUGUAGCACUCCAAGAAAACAAUUUAUGGAGCUGCCAUGAAGAAAUGGUCAAGUUUUACGGUGAAGAGCCCAACAGAGAUUCUUCAUAAUGCAUCACAUCCCAUGGGCCACGAUCGUAUGUUCUCGUCCCUAUCACGAGAGAAUUUUCUAAAAGGUCCACAGCAUUAGCCGCAAGUUCAGAAACAAAUACAAGAGCAAUCUUCGUCCUAGCAGCCAAAAAGACACCCUUCAAUGUCUAUGGAAACCCAUUCUACGAUCACGCUGGCUGUGGCAAUGUUUUCUCCACCAACCAAGAGGGUGCUCUCGAAAAAUGCGUUCAAAACUACGAGUAUAUGCCAAAAACCGGAAUCCAUGGUAUGGUGUUCGAUGCCAAUGAAGAAUUUCUCUACUCGGCAGAUUUACGAGGAAACAAAGUCUGGACACACAAGAAAGAUCCAUUAACGGGACUUCUCACUUUAGCCAAUUGUGUCGAAGCUCCGGAUCCAAAGGAUCACCCAAGAUGGGUGGCUAUACAUCCAAGUGGAAAGUACUUGUAUGUUUUGAUGGAGGCUGGAAAUCGAUUGGCUGUUUAUGUGAUUGAUGAAAAUACUCACUUUCCUGUUUUCACUCAUAUGACAUAUCCGCUCAUCCCUCCAGGUAAUUUUACCCCCUUUUCGGACUCGGUUAUCGACUAAUGAGAAUCAGGAAUUCCAAAUGUGAAUGGCAAGAUGUACCGAUCGGAUGUUGUCUUCUUAUCGCAGAGCGGGAAGUAUUUAUUCGCCACGUCGAGAUCAAAUGAUUUCAAGGUCACUGGAUACAUUGCAACUUUCGCUUUAGGGCCGUCGGGUAAUAUUGAAAGGCAAAUCUGUCUCAAUCCCACGCCUACCAGUGGCGGUCACUCGAAUGCAGUCAGCCCAUGUCCAUGGAGUGAUGAGUAUCUCGCGUUGACGGAUGAUCAGGAAGGUUGGAUUGAAAUCUAUCGAUGGAAGGAUGAAUUUCUUGGAAGAGUGGCUCAUUGUGAUGUCAAAGAACCGGGGUUUGGUAUGAAUGCCAUCUGGUAUGAUUAG